CCGCGCCGCCGUCGGCCGCCGCAGGGAGGGAGUCGGGCGGGCCAAGAUGGCGGACGGGGUGCUGAGCCCCGGGGUGAACCUGGAGGCCUUCUCCCAAGCCAUCGCCGCCAUCCAGGCGCUGCGUUCCAGCGUGACGCGGGUCUUCGACUGCCUGAAGGAUGGGAUGCGGAACAAAGAGACCUUGGAAGGCCGAGAGAAGGGCUUCGUGGCCGCCUUCCAGGAGAGCCUGCACUCCGUCAGCCGGGACUUGGGUGAGCUGGAGCGUCUGAGCAAUCUGGUUGGUAAACCAUCUGAGAACCAUCCCUUGCACAACAGCGGGCUGCUGAGCCUGGAUCCUGUUCAGGACAAAACGCCUCUUUACAGCCAACUUCUUCAAGCCUACAAAUGGUCAAAUAAGCUGCAGUACCACGCCGGGCUAGCAUCUGGCCUUUUGAAUCAGCAGUCUUUGAAACGCUCGGCCAACCAGAUGGGAGUAUCUGCGAAACGCAGACCGAAAGCCCAGCCAACAACUCUCGUCUUACCUCCUCAAUACGUCGAUGAUGUGAUCAAUCGCAUUGACAGGAUGUUUCCUGAGAUGUCUAUCCAACUCUCCCGGCCCAAUGGGACCUCUGCAAUGCUGCUGGUUACCUUAGGAAAAGUGUUAAAAGUGAUCGUGGUGAUGCGGAGCCUCUUCAUUGACCGGACGAUCGUAAAAGGAUACAAUGAAAACGUCUAUACCGACGAUGGCAAGGCGCAGGUACAUUGUGCAGAGAAUCAUGCAUGGCUCCAAGUCCCAGCUGGGCUGCUGCUCGUAGGAGCGGUGUCGGUGUUCAGGUUCUUGAACCUGCCUUAAGAGCCAGAAAUGUAAAGUUUUGAAGGUAACAUGCCUUAGGGUACUUCUGCCUUCAGCUGACCUGGAAAAGGCAUCGAGGCAUCAGCUGCCUUCUGUCUCACGGCAAGGUCAGCACUACUAAGCCAUGACACAUCCAUUCAGAAGCGAUGCCUAAAAUCUUUAACAACAUCACCCGUCAGGCUGAGGUUUGGAGACUCAGGAGUCACUUCUGUGCCACUGCUCUGAAGGCAACCACGUAACAGCUUUAGUCUUAAAGGGAUGGGGACUGGUAGCAUUCUCAGCCAUUCUACCUAUGUGCAUUAAUUACUGGGGUUCAGUGGCCUUCCCCCUCCUGUGUGUUUUAUGCACAUGCUGGGACUUCUUCCAUGUCAGGCUCUAACCUGUGUGCCUUUCAGAAGGUUUGUCGUUCCAGCUGCAGCCUGUGGGCACUGCUGCAAGUCAGAUGGAGAUAACUGGCUGUACUUCAUAAUAAACGAGGUGAACCCAGCACAGAGUUGCUUCUUUUAAAUCCAUUUCUCUGAAGGUGUAAACCUGGCAGAGCGUGUUUAGCACCACACUCUAUUUAUUCUCAGAAUUGUACAUUUAGCUUGAGAUCUCUUAUUUGCAUUUUUAGCAUCAUUUGCCGUACUUUAAUAAAAGGUGUAUUAUACAAUUAAUGAAACAACUAAAUAUUGCAAUGCAGGUUUUAUGUGUGCAUUUAAACGCAUUUCUCCAAGAAAGCCAGAGUCACUGUACGUGUUUAUUUCUCCAUGAUUAAAGGUGAAUUUGCAAGUGAGGACAUGCCAGAGGAUUUUGUGCACUUUGGAAGAAACCUGGCACUAAUGAGUGAAGCUGAUGGCUUUUCUUAUACUAGUGGUUGAGUAUAGUGGGAUCUGUAAGACAAAAGUGAUUUGCAAGUCAGGGGUUGAAGGAAAUUCUUCUUUUUUUUUUUCUUCUUCUUCCCUGCUGCUUUUCUGUGACAGUGUACAAGCUAUUCCACAGGGCUGGGCUAAAGAGCACUGGCACAUCACUUUGAACUGUCCGACGUGCGAGCCAUUUGGUUGUUCAACAAGGGCAGCAUUACCUUCUGCUUUCUGGGGUUACUAACAUUCAUUUCCUAUCCGGCUGAGCACACACUUAUGUCAUGGAUGUGUGCAGCUAUCUACAGCCAGUGUGAUUUUGUCUGCGGAUGUAAAUGCAGUUUCCUAAGGGAUGCUUUAUUUAGUCCCAGAAGAGCAGUGCUUUGGCUUAAUUCAGCUAAACGUUCUUUGUGUCAUUUGUAACUGAAUCACUUAUUCAGACACAAGACGAGCAUCAACUUAGCAAGAAUGCCCUCAUUUUAGAAACAGACCAAAGCUGAUGAAUAUUUGUGCAGAUCAGCCGCAGCCUCAGACAGAUGAGCAUUUUUAAAGGGAACACAUUAAUUCAACAGAUCUCAUAUGUAUUUUUCUUAUUGAAACUGUAAUGAACUGUGUUCCUUUUUCAUUGCAAAACAAAUUAACUUUGAUGUCAUUAUUUCCCUUUCUUAAAUUGCAGCAGAUGCAAUUGAUGGGUCAAGAAGUAAGCUGGGAAGUGAAGCUCCGUAGCUCACUUUGCCAGUGCUUUGAGUUGAACAGCUGCUUCCAUUCUUUUUCAUGGUAAUUACAUGUAGUAAUCUAUAACUUUGUUUUUCCUA